AUGGCUAUCAAGGUGAAGGUUGAGUUCUUAGGCGGGUUGGAUGUUAUAUCCAGCGGUGUGAGAGAACACAAGCUCAGUGUUCCGUUGGAAGAAGGUGAGGCCACAUUGAAAGAUUUGGUUGACUAUAUCACCAACACCAUCAUCACCGAUCCAAAAGACAUUCCUGUUUUCAUUGAAGAUGACACCGUUCGCCCAGGGAUAUUGGUGCUUAUCAAUGAUACCGAUUGGGAAUUAGAAGGUGGCGAGGACUAUGUGAUUGAAAGUGGGGACGUUUUCACCUUCACCAGUACUUUACAUGGAGGUUAA